AUGACAUUCGGUCGCCCUGCAAUGAUCUCAAAGGUCUCAAGUGGCGCAGUCCCUUUACCAGCCGCCGUUGACGAUGAAUAUAUUUCAUCAGGUUCCAGUGCACAGGUCUCCCAGCCCUCGAAUCGGCCCUCAAUGAUGGCAUUCUACUCCAAGUCCUUGGAGCUUUACGAGAUAAUGCACGAUGUGCUUCUUAGUCAAUACAAACCGAUUUCCGAUGAUAGUAUGGAAGAUAUUCAUGACUUCUGUUUUGACAACGUUGCAAGCGAGGGAGAACGGACUAUCUUUGAGCUUGACCGCUCUCUCACUCGAUGGACACGAAGCCUUCCUCUGCACUUGCGUGGAGACUCAUCAGUUAUACCUGCAACCCCUAUAUUCUACCGGCAAAGCAUUGUCUUGCGUGCGAGGUUUCUCCAUGUUCGGAUGCUUUUAUUUCGGCCAACUCUUUCCAAAUAUUGCGCCGUGCGGGAUAACGCGACAACAGACCCGUUAGUGUCCACGACUAAUUCUUUUCCACAUCUUGUUGCACUGCAGUGCUCUAUCAUUUGUGUCAAAUCUGCCCAAGAGUCCAUCGAACUUAUUUACAACAAUGUCCCCGCUGACGGCACUGGUGGCCCGCUACCGGCUUGGUGGUAUAACAUUCUUUACGUUUAUACAUCUGCGACUGUGCUCAUCGCUGGCCGUUUGUGCUCCACAAUACUUGCUGAAGUUACAGAAAGUUCCCUCACGCAGUCCUGGAACCAUGCCUUGGAGAUUCUUCGGAAAUACCAGACUUAUAGCACAUCCGCUCGUCGCUGUGUGGCGGCUCUUGAGAUUCUUUACGAGCAGGUUGCUUCCGAAGGUCUGCUGCCGAUCAAUCAUGCGCCCAGUCAUGGAACAGGCACCAUCGCAAGUGGAUCAAAUGAGCUGUCUUUUGGAGAAGAAAUGAAUGCUGCGAUCCUGGAUACAUUUGAAUUUCCAGAUUUUCAGGACAUGUCAUGGCUAAAUAGCGUUCCAAAUAAUCUUUUUUAG